AUGCGUGGUUGGUUUAAAUUAAUUGAAACAAUUCGUAAAACAGAUUCACCAUCAACAUCAUCCAAUGAAUUAAUUAAAUCAUCAACGAACAGUAAUACAACGACUGCAACAAAUACAAAUGGUCAUGUGUUAAAUUCUCCAGGAAUAAUUAAUCUUGAUAAUAUUGCUUCUGAAUCACCGAAUUUUAUUUGUUCACCUACUCCUAUUAGUUUAGUAUCAACACCUGUACAAUCAUUAGAUGAUACAUCUUUAAUUAAUAUUGAAUCUACAACUAAAACAAAAGGUUAA